AUGUGUUUUUCAUUAAAAGGUGUGAUCAGAUUAACUGGAUCUGGAUCGACUCGAUGUUCUGGCAGAGUUGAAGUUUAUCACAGUAACAGCUGGGGAACAGUCUGUGAUGAUGGCUGGGACUUAAAUGAUGCUGAGGUGGUUUGCAGACAGUUAAACUGUGGGUCUGCACUACAAACUCCUCGAACAGCUUACUUUGGUGCAGGAACUGGACAGAUUUGGCUUAACAAUGUGACCUGUUCAAGAAGUGAAAGUUCUCUUAUUGGGUGUCAACACAGUGGAUUUGGAUCAAACACAUGUGAACAUGGUCAGGAUGCUGCUGUCAUCUGUUCAGAUGCAAUCAGACUAGUUGGAUCUGGAUCAACUCGAUGCUCUGGCAGAGUUGAAAUUUACUACAAUAACAGCUGGGGAACAGUCUGUGAUGAUCGCUGGGACUUAAAUGAUGCUGAGGUGGUUUGCAGACAGAUAAACUGUGGGUCGGCACUACAAGCUCCUCCGUCAGCUCACUUUGGUGCAGGAACUGGACAGAUUUGGCUUGAUGAGGUGACCUGUUCAGGAAAUGAAAGUUCGCUAACUACGUGUGUACACAAUCAAUUUGGAUCACACAACUGUGAUCACAGGGAGGAUGCUGGUGUCAUCUGUUCAGGCUGUUCCAAUGUGAUCAGAUUAGUUGGAUCUGGAUCAACUCGAUGCUCUGGCAGAGUUGAAAUUUACUACAAUAACAGCUGGGGAACAGUCUGUGAUGAUGGCUGGGACUUAAAUGAUGCUGAGGUGGUUUGCAGACAGAUAAACUGUGGGACAGCACUCGAGGCUCUUCCGUCAACUCACUUUGGUGCAGGAACUGGACAGAUUUGGCUUGAUGAGGUGACCUGUUCAGGAAAUGAAAUGGAUUUGGAUCAAACAAUUGUGGACAUUUUGAGGAUGCUGCUGUCAUCUGUUCAGCUGAGUGUCAACACAGUGGAUUUGGAUCAAACAGAUGUGAACAUGGUCAGGAUGCUGCUGUCAUCUGUUCAGGUGUGA